GGUCUGUGUGUGUGUGUGUCUGGUUUCGCCGAGCUGUGGGGUGUGUGGAGUUCGUGGAUCUGAACAUGGACUACUGACACAAAUAUUAAAUUCAGCAAGACAAUCAGCUUUUUAUCCUGAUCCAUUUAGCCACUAAGUAAUAUGGAGAAAGACUUCCCAUCAACCCCAAGUGCUGUGAACACCCAGGGGUCACGUCCUGUCCUGGAUGUGCCCUCUCUUCCCUCCCCCAUACAGAUUCCUCCUUCACUUGUCUCCAGUGACCUCCCUGCUAUCGAUCUCUCUCACACCACCAAAUCUCCAUCUUGCACAGAAACAACUACAGAACCUGGUAAAUUAUCUCAUUCUUCUCAUCCUUCUGCUCACACCAUCUCUAAACCGAUGGAUUCACCUCUUUCUUUAGAAGGUCCAAAGCCCUUAACACCUGCUGCCUCCUCUAAAUCCACUUCUAAAACUGUUUCUACUACCCCCCCCUUUCCUGCUCCAAAAAAAACACCACUCGUUCCUAACUGCUCUACGCCUGAAAUUCCCACAAUGUCAUCCUCUUCCAACCUCACAUCUGCCUCUACAACAUCAGCUACCUUGGCCUGUAACACUCCAACAUAUUCCCCUAAUUCUUCCUCCACUAUUGCUUCCACCAUGGCUACUGCAACUUCUUCUACUGCUCCCAUGAAACGCACCUUCGCCUCCAUGGCCAAGCGGGUGAUCAUACAGGAAAGGCUCAGGAAAGCCGAGGAAGAUGCCAAUGAUGAAGAGGAUGAUGAAGAACCAGAGGAAGAUUUGUCCAUGGAACAGAUGGAAGAGAAGGCCAAAGCUGGUGAUGCCAGAGCUCAGACCCGGCUGGGUCAGCACUACUUGAUUCUUGCUGAAGAGAAGGACGCAGAGCUAAAUAAUCGUCUUGCCGUUAAUUGGCUGAUUAAAGCAGCUAAACAAGGAAGAAAAGGUGCAGCAAGAGCACUGCAGCGCUGUUGGAUCCAGAAAAAAGGAAUCACUCCAGAGAAUGAGGCCGACAUGCGGAAGUUGUCAACAGAGAGUAAGUUUGAGCUGGCAGUACGUAAAGCAGCCAUGAUGAUGUACUGGAAACUCAACCCAGAGAGGAAGAAGAAGGUGGCUGUGGCUGAGAUGCUGGAAAAUGUCAGCCAGGUCCAUGCAGUGCAGGGUGGCACUGCAAGCAGGAUUCCUGGCCCAACGUCAGGCCAGACGCAGAAAGUACUGGAAAGCAUGGUCAGCAAUGAGUCCACACAGAUGGUGGACCUGGAUGACUUUGUUGAGAUGACUAAAAAGUAUGCGCAAGGCAUUGUCCCCUCUGCGUCCCAAAAUGACAGCCAGGUCGCAGCCAAGACCGAAAGCCCAACACCCCAUGGCAGUGGUGGGGAGGCUGAGCUAGUCCCAUCAGGACACAAGAAGGCCCACAGAAGUAGUUGGAGUUUUAGCCGAAGUGGGAUGAUGCUGGACUGUAAGCAGACUGGGGCCAUAAAAAAAGCCAUGGACAUGAAAACACGUUUAAUGACGCUGCAGUACCCACUGCAAGCCAUUGUGGAGAUGAAAGAACACCUGGUUGACUGGGCGUCGCGGGCCGGUGUCCAGUGGCUGAGCACAAUCAUCCCCACACAACACGUCAACGCACUUAUUUUCUUCUUUAUCAUCAGCAACCUGACAGUUGACUUGUUUGCUUUUGUCAUCCCUUUGCUUGUCUUCUACCUCUCCUUCAUCUCCAUGAUUAUCUGCACACUGCGUGUUUUCCAGAGCAGCAAGACUUGGGAGAACUUCACAGCCCUAACACAUCUGCUGACACGUUUUGAACCUGGCCUGGAUGUGGAGCAGGCAGAGACCAACUUUGGCUGGAACAACCUAGAACCGUACCUCUAUUUUAUCCUAUCCGUUUUCUUUAUAAUUUUCUCCUUCCCUGUAGCUGACAAAGGUUGGAUCCCUUGUUCUGAGCUCUCCACUGUGGCCAUUUUCUUCACUGCUGUCAGCUACAAGAGCCUCAGCCCCACUGCUGCAGCGUAUGCACGCCGAGCAAUGGUCAUAGAGGUAGCAUCGUCUCUGUGUUGCCUGACCCAGUUCCUGCCAGAGAACAUGACAGCGCUUCGUUUACUGGGACGCACCUUCGCCACACUGCCACUAGGGGAGUCAGUGGUGCUGAAGCUCAGUCUCCCCUGUCUGCUGUAUGUUUACCUGUUCUAUCUGUUCUUCAGCAUGGCCAGGAUGCGUGGUUUCAGGGGGACUUACUGCUUCCUUGUUCCAUACCUGGUGUGCUUCAUGUGGUGUGAGUUCUCGGUGGUGCUCCUCCAGAGUUCCUCUGUUGUGGGUCUAAUCCGGACCUUGGUGGCCUACUUUCUCUUCCUGUUUGCCCUGCCUAUUCUGGCUUUUGGCCUUGCCGCCAUGCUCCUCAUCCAGCUGUUCAAGUGGUUCCUCGAGCUGGAACUAACCAAGAUGAUUGUGACCCUGGUAGUUUGUGCGAUCCCUGUCACCCUCCGGCUGUGGACACGGUUCAGCAUGUCUAUUCUGGAUGUCUUUCGCUCAUUGACCCACCGUGGCCCGGUCAAGCUCAUCUUACUCUGUAUCUCCAUGGUGAUCCUGUUCUUCUCUAUCUACGUCUACCACGCAGAGGGACAGAAGGUGUACAAUUCCACCCUGACUUGGAGCCAGUACAGCCAGGCAUGUGGACCCCCUGCUUGGGAAACUAAAGGCAUGGCCCAGACACAGAUCUUCUGUAGCCACCUGCAAGGACACAGAGUCACCUGGGUUGGGCGUUUCAAGCAUGUCCGUGUGGCAGAGACAGAGAACGGGGCACAGUCGGUGAUCAACAUGUUGCCAGUGUUUAUGGGAGACUGGCUGCGCUGCCUGUAUGGAGAGACAUAUCCCAAAUGUGAGCCAAAGAAUGCUACAGUCGCAAACCUAACAGCUGCCAAUUUGGCAGCAGGUUCUGCACCGGCUACCGUUUCUCUGCCCAUACUGCUCCAAAUGCAAGAAGAGGAAGAGCUGUGUCAGAUCAAGGUUCUGGCUAAACACACCUGCCAUAUCAAGCGCUUUGACAGCCACCGCUUUGAGGUGACAGUAGGGAUGAUGCGGGAUCGAAGUCCGGAGGCAGAGGAUCCAGCCAUGGAUAUAAUCCUAAUUGCCAGCCAUGAGUUCAGACAAGUUCUGCUAAACCUAAAUCCUGGUGACAUGGUGGAGUUCAGCACCAAGCUGGAGGGCCGUCUAGGAGCUAGAGCGCCGGCAUUCGAGCUAAAGGCCAUCCACUGUCUGGACUGUGUUGCUUCACUGCUGACCGGAGGCAGGCAAGUGAAGAUAGAGAGAGACUGGAGACGCACCACAAUGAGAGCCCUGAAGUUUGCAUUUGACUUUUUCUUUUCUCCUUUCCUGUCAGCAAAAAUCUCUGCCUGAGAAAAAUGACAGCAAGACAGUGAAGCUGAAGUAAUCAUGACUCACUUGAAUCUCUUCUGGAAGCCAUGCUGUCUUUUUCUUGAUUUCUUCAUGUGAUCAUUUAGCUAAUGUAACUUAUAGUAUUGUUUACAAUUUGAUUCAAUGUGGAUCUACAGCUCAUGUUUAUGUAGUGAAAUUUCAACAAGGUGAUAACCUCUAGGAAAUUAUUUUAUACUGUUAAUACUUCCUGUUAGUGCCUGAGUUUACAACAAUUUUGCUACUUCACUUCAUGUACCUCUAAAGCAGUUCACGAAUGGUCAGAUGCCUGUAUUGUUUUUAAGAACUGGACAAAAACCUGUAAUUUGAUUUGUCAGGUGCUGACCACUUAUGAAUGCCUGGAGAUACAGUACAUUUGAUAUAAUUAAAAGAGUGGAAUGUAUCUUUGAGAGCAAUGUUGUGAAGGAUGUUUUAUAUUAAGGAAUUUCUUACAUGUAUGGGGAAUAUGGUUGCAUGUAUAGUAUGUGUUGACCGUUGUGUAUGUAUACAUGUGUGCAUUUCUAAAUGUACAUUGUGUGGUUGAAAAUAGUAUAUUUCUGGUGUAGCCAAAUGUUUCUUGUUUUGUGGUUUUAAAACGUUCUGAUCUUAA